CGCCGCCGUCCCCGGGCCCGCGGCCAAGGGCAUCCUAGGGUCGCGGCCGCAGCCUUUGGUUGCGGGCGGCGGACAAAGGGCCAUGCAGGGCCGAGGGAUGCGGCGCGGAGCGCGCGGGAGCCGCUGAGCGCGGCCCGGGGCGGGGCGGGACCGGCCGCGAUGCCGUGGUUCCCGGUGAAGAAGAUCCGCAAGCAGAUAAAGCUGCUACUCCUGCUGGUGCUGCUCACCUGCGCCGCGUGGCUCACGUACGUGCACCUGAGCCUGGUGCGCCAGGGCCGCGCGCUGCGCCAGCGGCUGGGCUACGGGCGAGACGGUGAGAAGCUGACCGGUGUGACGGACGGCCGGGGCGUCCGGGGGGCGCUGUCCACUGGAAGGGCAGAAGACUCCAGCGAGAGCCGCGAGGAGGAGCAGGCGCCCGACGGCCAGGGCCCAGACAUGCUGCUUCCUGGGGCCACCGGAAGGCUGCCCCCCCUGAACCUCACCCAUCGGGCCCCCCCGUGGCGGGAGGAGUACCUGGGGCAGGCCAACCUGCAUGUGUUCGAGGACUGGUGCGGCGGUGCCGUGGGCCACCUGAGGAGGAACCUGCACUUCCCUCUGUUCCCUCACAUGCGCACCACCGUGAAGAAGCUGGCCGUGUCCCCCAAGUGGAAGAACUACGGGCUCCGCAUCUUCGGCUUCCUCCACCCGGCGAGGGAUGGAGACGUCCAGUUCUCUGUGGCUUCGGAUGACAACUCUGAGUUCUGGCUGAGCCCCAAUGAGAGCCCGGCAGGUGCCCGGCUGGUGGCCUUUGUGGGCAAGACUGGCUCUGAAUGGACGGCGCCUGGAGAGUUCACCAAAUUCAGCUCCCAGGUGUCCAAGCCCAGACGGCUCAUGGCCUCCCGGAGGUACUACUUCGAGCUGCUGCACAAACAGGACGACCGAGGCUCGGACCACGUGGAAGUGGGGUGGCGAGCCUUCCUGCCGGGCCUGAAGUUCGAGGUCAUAGGCUCUGCGCACAUCUCCCUGUACGCAGAGGAGUCAGCCCUGAAGAUGGACCACGUGGCCCACGUCCCGCAGUCCCCAGCCAGCCACGUGGGGGCGCGCCUGCCGCAGGAGGAGCCCAGGGCCGACAUGCUGAGGCCAGACCCCCGAGACACCUUCUUCCUCACUCCCCGCGUGGAGCCCUCGCGUCUGGAGAACGUGCUGGAGCCCUGCGCCUACGCGCCCACCUACGUGGUCAAGGACUUUCCCAUCGCGAGAUACCAGGGACUACAGUUUGUGUACCUGUCCUUCGUUUAUCCCAAUGACCACACGCGCCUCACUCACAUGGAGACGGAGAACAAGUGCUUCUACCGAGAAUCGCCGCUGUACCUGGAAAGGUUUGGGUUCUAUAAGUACAUGAAGAUGGACCAGGAGGAGGAGGGGGAGGAAGACGAGCAGGUGCAGCGCCGGGCCUUCCUCUUCCUCAACCCGGGCGACUUCCUGGACGAAGAGGACGACCGGGAGCUGCUGGACAGUCUGGAACCCACGGAGGCGGGCCCGACGAGGAGCGGCCGCCGCCGGGCGGCUGCCAGAGCCCCCACGGAGGCUGGCGCCACCCCCACCCCGCCCACGCCCCCUGGGCCCACGCACCAGCGGAUCCCCAGGCGCUCCCGGGCGCUGAGCUGGGCCGCCAGGGCCGCCCGGCCGCUGCCCCUGCUCCUGGGCCGCGCCCCGCCGCCCCGCGCCGCAGCGGCUCAGCAGCCCGCAAAGGUCUAUGUGACUCGGGUGCGGCCGGGCCCGCGGGCGCCCCCUCGGGCCCUGGAGGCGCUCAGCCCAGGUGGCCCGCCGUGGCCGCCUUUCCCCGGGGUCUUCCUGCGCCCGAGACCUCUGCCCAGGGUGCAGCUGCGGGCGCCCCCACGCCCGCCCCGAUCUCGAGGCUAUAGGACCGGAGGCUCCCAGGCCACAGGGCCGAGGCCUCCCUCCCAGGCGCAGGCCACCCAGGGGAGCCGGCAGGGCCCGUCACAGCCGCUAGUACACGCAGCGCCCACGGAGAACUUGAAUACGUCGUCCGAAACCCAGCCCGUGACCUCCUUCCUCAGCUUGUCCCAGGUGUCCAGGCCGCAGCUGCCUGGCGGGGAGGAGGAGGAGGAGGAGGAGGAGGAGGAAGGGGACGACGGGGCGCCGGGUGACGAGGCCGCCUCGGAGGACAGCGAGGAGGCCGCGGGCCCUACGCUCAGCCGCUGGCGCGAGGAGGCCAUCGACUGGCGGCGCACGUUCAGCGUGGGCGCGGUGGACUUCGAGCUGCUGCGCUCGGACUGGAACGACCUGCGCUGCAACGUGUCCGGGAACCUGCAGCUGCCGGAGGCCGAGGCCGUGGACGUGGUAGCGCAGUACAUGGAGCGGCUGAACGCCCGCCACAGCGGGCGCUACGCACUGCUGCGGAUCGUGAACGUGGAGAAGCGUCGGGACUCGGCACGCGGGAGCCGCUUCCUGCUGGAGCUGGAGGUGCGGGAGCGCGGGGGCGGCCGCUUGCGCCUGUCGGAGUACGUCUUCCUGCGCCUGCCCGGCGCCCGCGCUGCGGACGUGGAUGGGGACGGAGAGAGUCCGGAGCCCACGCCCGCCGCCUCCCUGCGCCCCGACGGCCGCCCCGAGCUCUGCCGGCCGCUGCGCCUGGCCUGGCGCCAGGAUGUCAUGGUUCACUUCAUCGUGCCAGUGAAGAACCAGGCCCGCUGGGUGGCACAGUUCCUGGCGGACAUGGCUGCGCUGCACGCACGCACCGGGGACUCGCACUUCAGCGUGGUCCUGGUGGACUUCGAGAGCGAGGACAUGGACGUGGAGCGGGCCCUGCGCACUGCGCGGCUGCCCAGCUACCAGUACCUGCGGCGGACCGGGAACUUCGAGCGCUCGGCGGGGCUGCAAGCGGGAGUGGACGCGGUGGCGGACCCCAGCAGCAUCGUCUUCCUGUGCGACCUGCACAUUCACUUCCCGCCCGGCAUCCUGGACGCCGUCCGCAAGCACUGCGUGGAGGGCCGGCUGGCCUUCGCCCCCGUGGUCAUGCGCCUGGGCUGCGGGAGCUGGCCGGGGGACCCGCACGGGUACUGGGAGGUGAACGGCUUUGGCCUGUUUGGGAUCUACAAGUCGGACUUCGACCGCAUCGGGGGCAUGAACACUGAGGAGUUCCGGGACCAGUGGGGCGGCGAGGACUGGGAGCUGCUGGACAGGGUCCUGCAGGCGGGGCUGGAGGUGGAGCGGCUGCGCCUGAGGCACUUCUACCACUACUACCACUCCCGGCGGGGCAUGUGGGGCACACGCGCCCGCGGCCGGAAGGGCGCCCGCAGGGAGGGGCCUUGAAGAGCCGACGCUGCCCGGUGCCACUGCAGUCCCCAGCGCUGUCGGGGGCGGGGGGGCAGGGGCUCGCCGCAGGGGCCCAGCCCCACCUGUGCCUGUUCCCCGCGGCCUCCCGGGCUGCUGCCCCUCAGGCCCCCACCCAGACAGGCAGCCCUGACCGCGG